AUGUAUUCGAUUUUUUUUAAUUUUUUAUUUUGGAGUGCACUGCUAUUAUCAGUUACACUAGGACAACAAUGCAAAGAUGAUCAAGGACAACCGGUCGAUUGGUUUUACGGAUUUAAACCACCCAUAUUGAGUUAUCAAAAAAAUUUUUACUUACGAAAAGGUUUAGGUUUUAUUUACCUCUCGUCUAAAAAUUCAACAACGAAUUGGAAACUAUCAUUGAAAUCCGUUAACGAUUCCAAUUCGUUUUUGGGUCGAACCUUAGAACCCUUAUAUAAUUCUUCAUCUUCUGAAGGUAUUUUACAUUUAUUAUACAAUGACGAACCACCCUCGACACCCGGUAGUGUAUCUUACGGUCAUUCAAAAGGGGUAGUCAUGUCUGAUGGUAAAAUGGGUUUGUGGUUAGUUCACAGCACUCCGAAAUUUCCCAUCGAACCCGUGACGAUUAAUAAAAUCACCACGUCCGCGGGAAUUAUCGGUAGGGAAAUUAAAAAUAAAUAUUUUUUUCCAAAAACUGCUUUGAAAUAUGGUCAGAGUUUUCUCUGCAUCACUUUACCACCGACUCAAAUCAAUAAUUUGGGUUCGUCUUUGCAAUAUGUGAGACCUAAAAUUUACAGUCACAACGUUCCGCCACAUUUAGAAACUAAAUUUUCCAACAUUGUGGAUCUCGUUCAAAAAAAACUCGUUAUAAAAUAUCCCUAUUAUAAAAAAUUAAAUUUGACCACAAUUGGGGGUAGAAAUUUUGUUUCGUACGUAAAAUCGAGAGAAUUCGGAAAGGAUUUGUACAGCGAUUGGUUAUCCCAAGAUCUUCAAUCUGAUCUUCAAGUAGAAACGUGGUCGAAUGGACCCAACGAACUACCAUCUGAUUGCAACAAUAAAUAUCACGUGAUGGACGUGAAAGAAAUCGAAAUGAGAACGAUUGAUGAUUACGUGAUAAAGUUAAAAAAUUCUCAGGAUCAUUCGAAAUGGGCCAUCAGCAACAGCAAUUCCACAAUGAUAUGCGUGGGUGAUAUUAAUAGAAUGCAAUCGCAAUUCAAACGUGGAGGAGGAACGCUUUGUUAUAAAAAUUAUUUCGUUUGGAAAAAAUACGUAAAAUCCGUCAUUGAUUUACAACCGUGCGUUUACAAAGGUCGUCCAUUACUUUGA